AUGCUGAAAGAUUGCAUCGAAUUUGCAAAAGGAUGCCAAGAAUGUCACGUACACGCAGGCAUACGACAUGUCCCUGAGAGCGAAUUGCACUCUAUAAUCAAAUCUUUGCCAUUUAGAGGUUGGGCUUUGGAUCUAAUUGGGGAAAUUCUACCACCAUCAUCUAAGAAUCAGAGAUUUGGAAUUCCAGAGACUGUCCCAACAGAUCAAGGGUCAGUAUUUACUGGUCGAAAGAUGCAAGAAUUUGCUAAAGAAAUGGGUUUCAAAUUGUUAACUUCGACACCAUGUUAUGCUCAGGCUAAUGGACAGGUUGAAGCCGCUAAUAAGGUGAUUAUUGGUUUGAUUAAGAAGAAUGUGGGGAAGAAGUCUAGAAAUUGGCACAAAACUUUAGAUCAGAUUUUAUGGGCAUGUCGUACUUCUCCCAAGAAAGCCACGAAUUCGACCCCAUUUCGACUGACCUUGGGUCAUGAUGCAGUUCUACUAGUAGAAAUUUAUCUACAGUCCACAAGAAUUCAAAGGCAUCAUGAAAUUCCAUCAGAGUCAUAUUGGAACAUGAUGUUAGAUGAAUUAGUUGAUCUAGAUGAAGAAAGACUAAAUUCCUUGGAGUUAUUAAAACGAUAG